AUGCCACUCACAGGCCAAACCAUUGCUUUUGUCGGAUGUGGAAACAUGGGCACCGCCAUCCUCGAGGGACUGCUAGACGCAACUGCAAAUGAGUCAUCACCACGCAUUUCUCGAUUUUUGGUCAGCACCAAAAGUGCUUCAUCUGCAAGCCAGAUCAAAUCCAAGUUCCAAAAUGAUGAGCACAGACUAUCUGUUCUGCAUGAUCAAAAUCAACAAGUCAUGAAAGAAGCAGACAUCGUUUUGCUGGGCUUCAAACCUCAUAUGGCAGAGAGCAUCUUGGGCCAGCCUGGGGUGAAAGAGGCACUUGCUGGAAAGCUUGUGAUCAGCGUAUUGGGGGGUAAAACUACCCAGGUCCUUGCAGACUAUAUUUUACAAGGAUCAGAGAGCUCGGAGAAGCCCACUGUUGUUCGCGCGAUGCCGAAUAUGGCUGCUCGGAUUCGGAAAUCGAUGACUAUUAUUGAGAAGAGCCCAGAUCUUACACCCGAACUACAAGAUAUUCUAGUCUGGAUCUUUGAGACUGUUGGGGGUGUGAAGAUGCUUGAAGAAGAUUUGUUUGAUGUGGGGUCUAUGCUGGUUGGAUCGUCCAUGGCUAUAUUAUCGGUUGGUCUAGAUGGCAUUCUUGACGGAUCUGUCAUGGAGGGUAUCAAAAGAUCGGAUGCUCUGGAAAUGGCAGCGCAAAGUAUGCUUGGCAUGGCUGAGCUCUUCCGCCAAGGUGAAGAUCCAGCACAUUUCAGAGAAAGCGUUGCAUCGCCUAGAGGUUCGACAAUUCAUGGAAUUGUGACUGCCGAGAUGGCUGGUGUGAGAGGAACUUAUGCGCAGGCCAUGUUGAAUGGUGUGAAGAAGCUCAAAUCUUGA